UUUAAUGCACACCGGCAAAAAGGGAGAGGAUUGAAUGUUCCAAUCUUCUCUUCGAAGAAACAAAUUUGAAACUAAUUAUGGGAUCUAAAAGAGACCUUAAGGCAGGCACCGUUCUUCUGACGCCAUUACUUGGAUUAACAUCGAGAAAAAGCGAGAAUGAUUCUUCGAACUCACUACAUAAUUCCAUGCCAUCGAUUUGCUAUCUUCCUUCGCGAUCGUCGAAGAAUUUGUUGGGGUUGGAAAGAGAGAGCGUUGAAAAUGCCACAGUGUCAUUACAUCAGGCGGCUCGAGAUGGGAAACGGGAACUUGUAGAUAGAAGGCUUGAAAUAUUAGGUAAAGGAAACAAGAAGAUCAACAAAAAAGACCAGGAUAACACAACUGCACUGCAUUAUGCUGUCCGCUACAAUCACCUUCAAAUUGUUAAGUUGUUAAUGGAAUAUGGUGCAGAUGUUGAAGCAAAGGGAGAAGAUGAUGCCACACCCCUUCACUAUGCAGCCAGGUUUCGACCAGUCCCCAGAAUGAAUGGAGGUACUCCAAGACUAACACCCCAAGUUACACCAAGUCCUAGUAUGGAGAACAUGAUUGACGUCGGCUUGACUCUGAAGAGAGAUGACAAGAAAAAGGAUGGAGGCAAUGGUAGCCUCAACAAGGGUGCAAAGGACAGAUUGCUGGGCUCAUUGAAUAGACACAGGGAGACAAUUGGAAAUAAACUGUUUAGCAAAGAUCACUUGACUGUAGAAAAGAAGAAUUCUCUGCCAAAAGAUAUGCCAAUUGUACCACAGGGGGUAGAGACUAUGAUUAUGUAUUUACUGUCGCGAAAGGCCAAUAUUAAUGCACAGGACAGCUACGGUUCCACUCCUUUGCAUUAUGCAGUUAAUAAAGGUAAUCCUGAUGCAGUUAAGGAGCUGCUGGCAGACCCAGGUAUUGAUAUUGAGGCAAAAGAUAAGACGAUGAUGACUCCCCUGCAUGUGGCGUCCAGUAAAGGAUCUCUCGCUGUUGCUAAAUGUCUGAUUAAUGCUGGGGCUGACUUGAGAAGCUUGGAUGAAGAGCAGAUGACACCUUUGCAUUUUGCGUGCAUGGAAGGGAGUCUUGAGGUUGCACAAUUGCUGUUUGAGACAGCCGAGGAGAAAGGCGGUUGGGCCUUAGUAUCUAAAAUGGUCACCGCUCAGGAUCGUGAGGAACAAACUCCACUUCAUCUCGCUGUGGAGGACGGUGAUCUGAACCUGGCGAAGCUCUGCUUGGACAAGGGAGCAAACGUGAAUGCACUCAAGGUGAACAUGAGUACUCCUCUGCACCUGGCCGCUACAGGGGGAGACUUAGACAUCGUCAAGAUGUUGAUAGAACAUGAUGCUAACAUAGAAGCAAAGAAUUCCGCGCAGGAGACUCCGCUGCACAGAGCAGCUUUGUUUAACAGGGUGGAUAUAGUGGAUUAUCUUUUGAGCAGGGGUGCCUUCAUUGAAUGUCGAGACAAAGACAAAGAUACGCCUUUACUGAUAGCAGCGAGUAAGAAUCAUUUGGGAACAAUUAAAACGUUGUUGAAUCAUGGCGCAGAUAUCGGAGCAAAAGACAGUAAUGAUGAAACUCCAAUAUAUAGAGCGGCCUCUGAGGGAUGUAUUGAGGCACUUGAAUUUCUUCUCAAGGAUCGCAAAGGCAAAACGCUGGCUGAGGAAUACGACAAAUAUGAGAACACACCCUUGCAUGUUGCUGCCAAAAAGGGUUAUGUUAGGAUUGUUCAACUUCUGAUCGAUAAUGGUUGUUGUAUCGACAGUAAGAAUGACGGAUCAUUAACACCGCUUCACCUCGCAGCAAAGUUUGGGCGAAUAAGAACCGUUUGUGCUCUUUUGAAGAAAGAUAUGUCGAUUAUAAACGAUGAAGAUGAUGCCUCAAACACUCCGCUGCACCUGGCUGCAUUACACGGAUAUGACAAAGUGGCUAAGGAACUGAUCGAUAGAGGAGCCGCUAUUGACGCCAGGAACGCUAAUCUUUGGACUCCGUUGGAUUGCGCAGCCGCGAAAGGUUCGGUAGACGCGGCUACUGUACUGUUAGAUGAGAACUGUCCUGUGGACCCGACAGACAAGGCGAAGACCACACCACUUCACCUGGCGGCUCGUGAAGGUCACGUGGAUAUGGUUAAACUUCUGUUGUCCAGGAAGGCCAACAUCACUUUGACAGACAGCGCUGGGCGCAACUGUCUGGAUAUAGCUAUCGAGAAUAACCACAAGGAAGUGGCACUCGUUAUUAUCCAGCACAACGAUUGGAAGCAAGCCAUGCGCAAUAGGACCAAAGAUGGCACAACUAUUAACACGCCGAUGAGGAAGCUUAUAAAGAAGUUACCUGAGGUUGCAGAGAAAGUGUUCAAUAGAUGCGUCAAACCAAAUGGGCUUCCUGUGGAUCAUCCGCAGUACGCCAUAACUUUAAACUAUGAGUUUCUUGAUGACGUAAGCCUCGAGUGGGCGGGAUUUUUGACGCCAGAGUCAUCUGACCACGAGGGGUCUGGUGUAGACGCAGUGAUGGACAAGAUUAAAUCGGCAUUGCCCGAGAAUGUUAGCAAACAAGUGGAAAUAAAAAGUAAUCAUCCUCUGAUGCUAAUGGUCACCAAAGAACGGGUCAAACUGCUUAGUCAUCCUUUAGUCACGUACCUAUUGCGUUACAAGUGGCGCAGCUUCGGUCGCUAUGUGUAUUACGGCCGUCUCAUUCUGUACGGGAUUUUCCUGUUUUUCCUGACUGGUUAUGCCAUGCUUACAACAAAGAGUCUACCCAUCACACUUUGCAACGAGACUCAGUGCACGUGCAACGUGACGUUCGCAACAAAAACGGCAAGUACAGGCAGCGAGAUUAUGUGGAGAAAGCUUGGUCGUCCGAUGAUUCUCGUCACAACGUCUAUAAGUUUGUUACUAGAGAUCAUUCGGUUCUGUUACAUGUGGAGACUGUACAUACAAUGGAACAGACUGGUAGAAGUGUUAGCUUACAUCUUCUCGAUGAUGUAUAUCGUGGAUGACUUUAGAUUAGACGGAACAAGCUUUACAAUUCUUGAGGGGUCAAGGUGUUUCGUGUGGCAUAGCAGUUUUGGUGCAACGGCUGUUUCUCUGUCCUGGAUUGGACUUGUUCUUUUCAUGCGCAAGUUUCCCAAACUUGGAAUAUACGUGGUGAUGUUCACUGAUAUUUUUAAGACUUUUGCUCAGUUCUUUGUAGUCUGCUUUUUGUUCAUCGUGGCUUUUGGGUUAGGAUUCCACAUCCUUCUCUUCAAUCAGGUGCCCUACUCUACACCAGGCCGAGCCAUGCUCAAGACAACAAUGGGAAUGUUAGGGGAAUAUGAAUAUGAUACAGUUUAUAAUGAUAACGAUGUGCCGCCGGUCACGUGGGCAUUGUAUUUGUCAUUUCUCGUCAUUAACUGUCUUAUCAUCAUGAAUUUACUGGUCGGUUUAGCCGUAGAUGACAUCAAGGGGGUCCAAGAAAAAGCAGUUCUAAAGAGAUUAGCAAUGCAGGUCGAUCUUGCUUUAGAUGUGGAGAAGGCCCUUCCGGCCAUUUUUAGACAGAGGUUUGCCACAACUCAGGAAGAUGUUUAUCCUAAUUCAAACAAGUAUUGGACUAUUUGGUCGUUUUGGAAUCAAACCGUUAGUCCUGCCAGAGCAAUUUACGAGGCUAUGAACCCCGAGAAGACACCAAUAGAGAAGCUCCAGAACCACCAGGAAGCGUUGAAAGAAGAAGUAAUGACCGUCAAAGCGAAACUGAAAACUGUCCUUGAUCACACAACACAACUAGAGGCCAUGAUGAAAGCACUCAUGAAGCACCACGCCAUAUCUGUGGAGGAGGAGGAAGAGGGCGAGGAUGACGACUAGAAGUACGCAAUGACUGCUGGGAAAGCGCUUCGUUAGAAAAGUCUUUCAGUAUGAGUGUGUGUGUUAUUAGAAAUUUCAACGCCUUUCCUGUAAGGUAGCGAGUAUUUUGCACACUUGCUUAAGUGAAUUAGGGUAACCCCCAUUGCCUUUUAGGGUAUCAUGGCUCCCACAGGCCAUGAGUUAUGCUUUAGUAAGAUUUCUUUUAGUCAGGGAAAAGUAGUAGCGGAAAUUUAUUUUGGGACGGGGAAUAUAAAAAUUUGACGACAUGUCAAGGAAAAUUCAUAGGUCCAUAAUUCAUCUCUUUUUCCUACCUUCUUGAAUUUGUGGAGGUCUUGCUCCAAAUACGUUAUUUUGAUUGGUUGAAAAUUUAUCCUUUUGAGAAGUAGGUACUUAAAAUAUAUAGGACUAGAAGCUAGGGGUUGGGAAAUGUUAUUUUUAUCAGGGAACAUUUUUCAUAAAUAAUGAUUUUGGUGACUAGACUUUAGGUUUCUCCAUCCAUGUGCGUCCUCUGUUCUUCAUUCUCCCUCGAGUAAAUGUCCUCAUCAAUAAACGCAUACACUCUCAAUUCGCAAAAUAAGUUUCAUUAAUAUAUACCCAUUUUUUUUCUAUAAUAUUCAAUUCCCAUACUGCAUUACUAGCAAAUAUUAUUUAUGAUACAUCGAGUUUCAAAAUUACGUGGAGUUGACAAGUAGUUUCAUUUUUAAAAUCAUCCGAGGGAAGGGAAACCAAAACACAAUACCAUAUGGACUAAAAGGAGAAUUAUGCUACAGGAAUUAUUUGUAUUUGACCUUCGCUUUUAAAUAGUGUACCUGAGAUUACGGUAAGGACUGCGUUUUGAGAUUCCACAAAGAGACUUAACCUUCAGAAAGAGAAGGAGUAACUCUUUACCUAUAAUUGAUGAUUAUGGUGAUAGAAAUGACGUAGUUUCUGGAGCACACUUCUCUUUUAACUGCAAGGAAACAUGUGGUUAAAAAUUAGUCUUACUAACAAUUUUCAGUUUUCACUCUGGGCCUUUGAAGCCACUGUGCUAAGGCUUCGUUUAAGACAGUUAAGUUUUGCCUUUUGUACUAUGGUAAAGUGAUGACGCGUAAUCUUAAAUAACAAGUUGUGUAUUGGCUGUAGUUCCCUAUUUAUGUUAUCUACUUAAAACAACGUAACAAAAAGAGCUAAAAUGAGAAGAAAAAUGGAUUCAAGAGGGGCACGAUCGAUCUCAAUUUGAUGCGAAUAUUUAUCUGCAAUGUAUUUGGGUUGUACCUCCUUAUUAUUUAUAUAAUUUACGAGCAGAUGGGCGGUGUAUAUUUUCAAGAUUUAACAAUAUUUUUCAAGCUUUGUUAUUUAUAAGCAAUGGUUAUUUUGGCCAAACAAGGAAUAUAGAGUAACUAACAUAGUUAUUUACAUUGGACGCAAAUUGAAUCCCUAUGAAAUUUUUACGUUAAGGGAAAGCUGGAAUAAACGAAAAUGUGGAAAGUG